AUCAAUAAGUGUAUAAAUACAUUCAUAAAUACGAAUACUGACUGUAUGAAACGGGUGAAAUGAAUCGAUUGUGAAAUGAGAUUGAAUGUUUAUUAUUUGCUUCCUACCUUAUCUAGACAGAUGGAAUCUUGAACACACUGCAACAUAAAAAGUUCUGAGCGAGUUUUGGGUCGGUCCUACAUGGUAUUAUAAGGGAGUUUUUUGUGUUGAAUAAUUCUUACUUUUUUUUUUUUUCUUCUCCUUAAAAAAAGGUCUUUGAAGACUGAUUUGACGUAUACGUGUUGUUAUGGGAUUGAUGGGUUGGAAUUGAUUGAAGCCCCAUUGUCAUGCAAAUGUCAGCCGUUUGAUGGAUCACUACGAUGAACUGACAAACUGCGGGAGGUCCCCAGCGAUUGGCCGGGGCCGGGUCACAUGACCGUCCCGUUUAGUGAUAUGGGCAUUGGGACGCUUAGGCAAUGUAUAGAUGGAAGGUUUUUUUUACAGGUUUGACAUAGUACCCAGAGGUUGUAGGGCAGGAUAAAUCCUACCAAAAAAAACAGGCUGACCCUCCUCCAGCACUGAUGGACAAUACCAGAAUGAACUCUUUCCUAGAGUACACAAUUUGUAACCGCGGGACGAGCGCCUUCUCGCCCAAGAUCGGGUACCCCCAUUUGGAUCAAGGGAUCGCGGCUUCCUUUCCGCCCGGCUCAGGCACAGCCAGUGACAGCUAUAAUAACGCUGAUGGACGCUUUUUCGUGGGAGGGAGCUCACCCGCCGCCUCCGCCUCCCAGCAUCAGCACCAGAACCCGGGCUAUCCGCAUCACCAUGCGUAUCAUGCCAACAUGGGACAGCCCUACGCCAGCACCGGCCAAACCGGAUACGACUCCCAAACGUGCCCAAACCAGGAAUAUGGGCACCAGUACUAUCUCAGUCAAGACCAGCAGGAUGGGGUCUAUUUCCAGUCCUCUGGUUAUUCUGGCACCAAUAUUGGGCCCAACUUAGGCGCUCUGGCCGGUUACUGCGGGGUACCUGCGACCGUCACUACGAACCAAUAUCAGCCGUCAGCCUGUGCCGGCCCGGACCACCAGCAGAGCUAUCUGCAAAGCUCCUAUGCCAACGUGUCUCCAACUCAGGCAGGAGAGAGCGACUUGAACUAUCAAUCUGAUCAGGGUUCCUCGGGGCAAACCUUUGACUGGAUGAAAGUUAAAAGAAACCCACCGAAAACAGCUAAAGUUGCAGAUUAUGGGUUAAAUGGCCAGCAGAAUACCAUCAGGACGAAUUUCACCACCAGACAGUUAACGGAACUCGAGAAGGAAUUCCAUUUUAAUAAGUACCUGACCCGGGCAAGGCGCGUAGAGAUCGCAGCCACACUCGAACUGAACGAGACCCAGGUCAAGAUUUGGUUCCAGAACCGACGGAUGAAACAGAAGAAGCGAGAAAAGGAAGGGUUAGCCCCGCGAGUCAGCAGGGAUUCGCCGAAAGACUUAGGAGACAACUCGGACCAGUCAAGUUCGUGCUCACCUGACGCAUCUCCCAACUCAGCUUCUUCCUAAAAACACAAGACACUUCAAAAAUUAAAACUUCAACAUUCCAUUACAAAUCAUUGAGAACACAUAUCAAAAACGGUCUCAAAAAAGGCGUGUCUUGUAAUAUUUCUUAUUCGCCUAGACAGUGUUAUGUUUUUGUAAUGAAGUGUAACUGAAUAUUUCUAAAAUGAAUAAUUACCUUACAGCCAAACAAAUUGUGUUGAGGCUGGAUCCAGCCCAAUUUCAACGUUUCAGCACAGAGAGAUUGAGAAACACGGUCCUUUAAUAGACACGCUUUUGCAGACAGGCAAUAUCAGCUCAGGGAUUUUAUGAUACCCAUGAAGUUGG